GGAACAACUUACGUCACGUGGUUAAAACGUUACGUUAGGGGGAACAGCGAAAGAACAAAAUGGAGGAGUAUGCCAGAGAGCCAUGCCCCUGGAGGAUUGUGGAUGACUGUGGUGGAGCUUUCACCAUGGGAGCUAUUGGAGGUGGAAUAUUUCAGGCAGUGAAGGGCUUCAGAAAUGCUCCCUCAGGAAUGAGCCACAGAAUGAGGGGUAGUUUGACAGCCAUCAAGACGAGGGCCCCUCAGCUUGGAGGUAGCUUUGCAGUGUGGGGAGGACUCUUCUCCAUGAUUGACUGUGGUCUAGUAAAAGUACGAGGGAAGGAGGAUCCCUGGAAUUCAAUAACAAGUGGGGCAAUGACAGGAGCUAUCCUUGCUGCAAGAAAUGGACCUGUAGCCAUGGUUGGCUCUGCAGCCAUGGGAGGUAUUCUCCUGGCUUUGAUAGAGGGCGCUGGAAUCCUGCUUACGAGGUUUGCCUCCUCACAGUUCCCAACUGGGCCCCAGUUUGCUGAGGAACCUGCCCCAGCUUCUAUGCCCAGUGCUCCCUUUGGAGACUACAGACAAUAUCAGUGAGAGGGCUUCCCACUCCUUCAUCCUAUAGACCUUUUUGAAUUCCUUGCUGAAGUUACAAAGAAGAAAUGGAGGUGCAGAAUUCCAUCGUAUCACACAGUAGAAACUCUACUAAACUUUAUGAACUGUUUCAGAGAAGGACAGAACUCAUCUUCAUUUUCCUCUUCUAAGAGCCAUGUACAGAUCUGCCUUUUGCCAUUCUCAGCCUUUUUAUGUGCAUCUGUGUCACCCAAUACUGGCUCAGGGCAGAUAUGUGGUGGGAGCAGUUUGACAUUUGUGGAGACAUGAUGUGCUUUUUCAGUUCACCUACACCAUGUAUUGCACAUAUCCUGGCAGAUGAACUCUUGAUAGUGUUGAAUCUCAGAAAACAUGUCAAAGAUUAAACAUAAAUAAUUAUAUGAAUAUACAGUAAAUACGUUCCACUUGUAUACACCUAUCUUAGUCUUUAUUUGCCAUUAAUGUGUCACAUGCUUGGGUUGGCCAACAACACUUGGCUGGCCUUUUAAUUUGCUUUUGUUCACAGUUAUGAAGGCAAACUUCUAUCGGAAACUAUUCCAUUCCUGGGAUUUUAGAUUAUUUUAAAGUGGUUUAUUUAUUUUAGAUUGUGAAGAGUUGUAUCGGGUUGUUCUGUUUAAUGUGACAGUGAUUUUACAUUCAGCACGCAGGUGUGGAAGAGACUGCUAACGACGAAGGAUGGCACAGGCAGUUCAAAUGAAUGGAGAAACUGAAGCAAGGGAUUGAUGCAUAUUGUAUUAAAUAUGUAUAACAGAAUGUACUAAGGUACAAUAAAGACGUAAAGUUGUAAAGUGUGUCUGUUUGAGCUGUUAAAUGCAGUCAUACCAGUUAUAUCAGUCCAUCCUCCCUGAAUAUAAUUAUUUCCCCACUAGAGGGAACUCCUUGCAAAAACAUCUCGAUGAGUUCAUAUCUCACUGCACAACUUCCUCUUCAAGAUGUACAUGAGGGACUACUUUCCUUUUACAUUCUUUUAUGUUUGUGUCACACACCUCAUGUCUCUUUAAAGCCAUGCAUUUUGUACUGAAGGAUUCAGGAUGGAAAAAUGGAUGUAAAAGCAUUAUGAGGCAACUAUCAUGGCAUAUAAGCUGUUUGAUUUGUGAUUGGGCUCAGUGAUUAUUACUGGGAAAUCUAUGCUGGGAGCUUAAACCAUGAAAGUUAGACAUUAGAUGUUGGAGUGUUUCAUCAAUCUUUUUUUGUCUGCACCUGACGCUUGUAUCAAAAGGAACUGGACCUCACUUUGUCUAAGAAUCCUCUGUUGUCUGAGAUACAGGGCCAUCCAGCCCUCGCAAAAAAAUUCUAUAUGCUUACAUAAAGACAGCAGCAAAUAUAGAAUUGGGAUUUCAAGUAUUGUUCCCUCUUAGGGAGGAUAUGGUUUUAUGUAUAGUCAAAUUAAUAUUGAGCUUUCAAUGGAAAUAUCUAUGAGAAUAUGUAAAAAUGUGAUUUGUUACUCUACAUCUGUAGUGUAUAUAUAUAACAAAUAUAUUUGAAAAGCUGAAACUAACAGGUGAUUGGUAUUCUGCUUAUGAGAGGGCAUUUCUUGUUAAAACCCUGCCUAGACUAUUGAUGGAUACACAUUUUGUAACAGUGGUAUUUCAAGUAAAAAAUUCAAAUGAUGUUUGUUCCCUUGGGUGCUUAAAACUUAAUUUAGUGUUGUUCUAUAACACCUAAAACUGCUGCAACUUGGUGAACUGGGUGACAGGAAAUGGUCUCAGAUCAGUGGAUAAAGAAGUAUUUUGAUCCCAUGGCAAAAUCUGUAGCUGGAAGUGGAUUUGAGUUUAACUACUUUAUAUUCAGAGAAAUUGGAUAAUACUGAGCUGAUAAUUAGGAGAGGACAGUAAAACAAAAAAAUCACA